CACUGGGUAUAGGAAUAUGCAGGAGGAUCCAGGGUGAGCAUGCUGCUACUGGAACAUCUAACUGUUGGCCAUCAGCCAAACCCGCGGGCCACGAAAACAGCAGCAGAGCGCGUGUGUCGGAGUGUUGGUGGGUACAAGAAGACGGACUGGGUCGUGAUGAAGGUCCUUGCUUACAUCACGCUCCUCACCUCUGCAGUUCAUGCAGGCCUGCUGAGAAAAAGACAAGCUUGUCCGCAUGUGUGCGAUGUUUCUCAAUGUCCUGUCCCUCCGCGCGCCUGCUACUACGGGCAGGUGAAGGAUGCGUGCGGCUGCUGCGUGGUGUGCGCGGCAGGAGAGGGUGGAGUGUGCGGAGAGCGGGGCGGCGGCCUCGUCUCCUGCGGUGACGGGCUGAGGUGCGACCCUGGACCAGAGAAUGUCGGUGGGGCACUCGGCUCCUGCACGUGCGCCUCCUCGGGCCCAGUUUGCGGAAGCGACGGCAGGACGUACCCCAGCAUCUGCCGCCUGAGAGCCGAGAACAGGAGGGCUGAGCUGGGAGAGACCCCCCCUGUCAUUUUGAUCCAGAGGGGGCAGUGUGACUCAGGAGUGCAUCAUCCAGGAAGUGUACGCUACAAGUUCAACUUUAUUGCGGAUGUGGUGGAUAAGAUUGUCCCAGCUGUGGUUCAUCUGGAGCUUUUCCAAAAUGUGCCGUUUUCCAGUGACGAGGUCUUUGUGUCGAGUGGCUCUGGGUUUGUUGUGUCUGAAGAUGGCUGGAUUGUCACCAACGCCCACGUACUCAGCAACAAGCAACGGGUCAAAGUUGAGCUGAAAAAUGGUGCGCAUUACGAUGCUGUGGUCAAGGACGUGGAUGAGAAGAUGGACAUCGCCCUCAUCAAAAUCGAGCCAGAAGGUCCCCUACCUGUACUGCGUCUCGGCCAGUCGUCGGACAUGCGUCCAGGGGAGUUCGUGGUGGCUGUGGGAAGCCCGUUCUCCCUGCAGAACACUGUCACCACUGGUAUUAUCAGCACGGCUCAUCGCAACGGCCUCGAACUGGGCUUCAAAGAUUCUGAUAUGGACUACAUCCAAACUGACGCCAUCAUAAAUUACGGAAACUCCGGCGGACCACUUGUCAACCUGGAUGGAGAUGUUAUAGGCAUAAACACACUUAAAGUGGCACCAGGAAUCUCGUUUGCCAUCCCUGCAGACAAAAUACGUGAGUUUCUAGCUGACUUCUACAACAGACAACUCAACGGAAAUGCAGAACCAAAAAAGAAAUUCUUAGGCAUUCGGAUGCUGCAGCUCACAUCAUCUUUGAUCCGAGAUAUCAAAGAGCGUGUGCACGAGUUUCCAGAUGCAGCUUCAGGAGUUUACAUCUAUCAGGUCAUACCUGGAACAGCAGCAUCCCGAGCUGGAGUCAUAGAUCAUGACAUCAUCAUCAGCAUCAAUGGGCAGCCCAUCUACACCACACAGGACGUGAGCGAGGCUGUCCAGAGUGGCGUUGCACUCUCAGUGGGUGUGAGACGAAAAGAUGGAGACUUUAUGCUAACCAUCAUUCCUGAAGAGAGGGACUGAUUCCACAGAUGUAUGAGCUGGAUUUCCAUCUGCACAUCACUCUGAUUUUAACUUUCUCUUGGCAGAAGAACGUGUAAAUAAUUGGCUGUUUCAACCUUUUCUUGUUGUACAUCUGUUUUGGUCAAUAGAGCUCAAACUGUUGCAGCUUCUUUUAAAACCACCUGUGCUGCAAAUACAUGUAAACAAAUACAGGAUGCACUACAAAUUGCAGAAACAACAAUGAAAGGACAGAAAAGAAGUGACAGAAAAGACAGGAAGUUAAUAUUUUGGUUCUACCACUGAACAUUAGUCCUUAUAUUCAACAUAUCAGUUUAAUUCACAAACUGAAAUGAGCAUGAAAGCGGUUAAAGGAAAUGUUGGGCAUUAA